AUGGUGCUUUCUGUAGCGCCCAUCUAUAAUCUCUUAAGCUCUCAGAAUUUACUAGAAAGGGCACACAUUAUCUUAUUAUGUCCUAGAUCACCCAAGUUUACUCAAACAAGAGCUAGAGAAUUAGAAGAAUUAUCACUUGAAAAGCCUUUAGUCUUCAUUUGUGGUCACUACGAAGGCAUAGAUGAGAGAGUACGUCACUUCAUCUCAGAAGCUAUCUCCAUCGGGGAUUAUAUUCUCUCAUCAGGUACUCUCGCGACAGCAGUCCUCAUAGAAAGCAUUGUCAGACUAAUACCGAAUGUACUUAACUCCGAAAGUUUAGAAUCAGAAAGUUUUAAUACAUCAGAAACUAUAGAAGAUCUAGACUUUCCUGUCUAUGCUCCUCCAAAAAAUUUUCUAGGAUACAAAGUCCCUCAAAUCUUACUCUCUGGACAUCACUCAAAAAUAGCAAGCCAUCGAGAAAAAUCUAAAGACAAAUAUAAAAAUCAAUAG